AUGAAGGGAAAUGUGGCAGGAGUUGUAGCGGCCAUCGCAGGCAACGUCGUUAUAGCGCUGGGUCUAAAUAUCCAGAAACUCAGCCACCUGCAAAUUUCAAAUUUAGAGGAAAAUGACGACACCUUGCAAUACCUACGAAACGGUACUUUCUGGGUCGGUUUGGCAAUGUCCAGUUUAGGAGAGUGCUGCAACUUUAUCGCAUAUGGCCUCUCCCCAGCACCUCUAGUCGCCCCUCUCGGCAGCUGUGCAUUGGUUGCGAACGGAAUCUUCUCGCCAAUCCUCCUCCAAGAAUCGUUUGGAUUGCAAGAGAUAGCUGGCUCUAUGCUCUGCAUUACUGGGGCUUUCAUCCUUGUCUCUUCAAACACAGCCAGAGAGGACAACGUCGACUACAACACCCUAAUCACAGCUAUAAACAGGCCUUGGUUCCAAACAUACCUUUUCUGUCUGUUCACUGCCAUUUUCCUUCUUAUGGCUUUGUCAAAUAGCACUUUUGCUCGGCGAUCUGUUACCGUGGACAUUCUAAUAUGCGCCCUCUUCGGGAGUCUUACAGUUAUUUCCACAAAGGCACUCAGCGGACUGCUCGUUAAGGAUGUGGCUGGGGCAUUCACGCAUCAGAUAACAUACGUCGCGUUGAUAGUGCUUCUCCUCACAGCAGCUGCACAGGUGCAUUUCUUGAACAAGGCCCUCAAUCGAUUUCACUCCAAGAUAGUCAUACCCACGCAGUACAUCUACUUUACAAUAUCCGUCAUAUUCUCCAGCUCAGUCCUCUUUAACGACCUCGACUCCUUUCCGUACCCGACACUGCUUCUCGGACUGGUUGUGUCGUUCUGUGGCGUCUUUUUCCUUUGUAGAGCGCCAGAAAGCGAGCAGCAGGAGCUUGAGCGUGGGUGUGUACGGAGGUGUUCUAUAGAAUCUGCACAGGUUCAGGUGCACUCACGCGAUUUAUCACACCCCGCACACACCACAUGCAUUAAACCAAUCCGUGCAAGAUCUAAUUCGUCCCUCACAAAAGUAGGCAUAGGCCUGUCGCCAGCACAAUACCUUCUCGCGAGCCAUGCGGGGUACAGCGACGAGCAGCAGCCGUUGCUGCAUGAGGAUGAGAGUCGAAUAUUGUCUCAGACUUACAACAGUACAGCUAAUCAUGGUGAUCAAGUGCAAGAUAGGUAUGACAGAUAG